AUGGCGAUGCCUUCUGUGUUGAAAGAUGAACAGGGCCGGCCUUUCAUCGUCGUUCGAGACCAGGGAAAGAAGAAGAGACAGCAUGGCACCGAUGCCGUGAAAGCACAUAUCGUUGCCGCCAAAACGGUUGCUAACAUUGUGAAGACUUCUCUGGGUCCUCGUGGUCUCGACAAGAUUCUUAUCUCUCCAGAUGGCGAUAUUACCGUGACCAACGACGGCGCAACCAUCUUGUCUCAGAUGGAUAUCACAAACAACGUUGCCAAGCUGCUUGUGGAGCUCUCGAAGUCCCAAGAUGAAGAAAUUGGUGAUGGAACAACGGGUGUCGUCGUCCUGGCUGCAGCCAUGCUGGAGCAGGCGUUUGACCUGAUCGAUAAGGGCAUCCACCCUAUUCGUAUCGCAGAUGGUUAUGAUCAAGCUUGCGAGAUUGCUGUUGCACACCUCGAUAAGAUCAGUGAUGAAAUUCCUUUCACCAAGGAGGACACUUCCAACCUACUCAAGGUUGCCAAGACUAGCUUGGGUAGCAAAAUUGUUUCCAAGUCACACGAUCAGUUUGCCAAUAUUGCUAUCGAUGCCGUACUCUCCGUUGCAGAUCUCGAACGCAAAGAUGUCGACUUCGAAUUGAUCAAGGUUGACGGAAAAGUUGGCGGUUCCCUUGAGGACUCAUUACUUGUCAAGGGUGUCAUUGUGGAUAAAGACUUCUCUCAUCCCCAGAUGCCCGAUGAAGUGAAGGAUGCCAAAUUGGCAAUCUUGACCUGCCCGUUCGAACCCCCCAAGCCGAAGACGAAGCACAAGCUCGACAUCACAUCGGUCGAAGAAUUCAAGAAGCUGCAAGAUUAUGAGAGAGAGAAGUUCACAGAGAUGAUCCAACACCUGAAGGACUCGGGAGCCAAUUUGGUUAUCUGUCAAUGGGGGUUCGAUGACGAGGCAAACCAUCUUCUCCUCCAGAACAAACUCCCUGCCGUACGCUGGGUUGGCGGCCCUGAAAUUGAGCUCAUUGCUAUCGCAACGAACGGUCGGAUUGUUCCUCGCUUUGAGGACUUGAGUGCAGAGAAGCUGGGAACAGCUGGUAGUGUCCGGGAGAUGACCUUUGGCACCACCCGUGAGAAGAUGCUUGUCAUUGAAGAUUGCGCUAACAGCCGUGCUGUCACCGUUUUUGUACGAGGCAGCAAUAAGAUGAUCAUUGACGAAGCUAAGCGGUCACUUCACGAUGCGCUCUGCGUUGUACGUAACCUGGUGCGAGACAACCGGGUUGUGUAUGGUGGCGGUGCUGCUGAAAUUGCCUGCUCUAUUGCCGUGGAAGAUGCCGCAGUCAAGAGCCCAGGAAUUGAGCAGUAUGCCAUGCGCGCUUUCGCCGAUGCUCUGGAUGCCGUGCCAUUGGCACUGGCUGAGAACUCUGGCUUGAACCCUAUUGAGACUCUCGCCUCGAUCAAAUCUCGCCAGGUCAAGGAGAACAACUCGCGGUUGGGAGUUGAUUGCAUGAUGACUGGCAACAACGAUAUGAGAGAGCACUUUGCCAUUGACCCACUGAUUGGAAAGAGGCAGCAGCUCUUGCUCGCCACUCAGCUCUGCCGUAUGAUUAACAACGUCAUCAUUUCUGGCGAUGACGAGCAGGAGUUCUAG